AGCUGGGAAGUGUCAAAAGCUGGGAAAAAAAAAACAAGUAAAAACCAAGUUUCUUUACUCCAAGUCCAGUGCCCUGAACAUCAUGCAGGGGUUGCUUUUUUUGGCCUUUUUUGAGUUCAGAUUGUACAGUACCUUCUCCAAGCUAGUUCUGGCAGAUUGAUACAUCUUUGUUUUGCCCAGAUUUUAAAAAUAUAAAGUUUCAGUUCAUAAAAUGUGAGAUCUCUGACCUCUCUCAUGGGAAAGGGAGUUAAGUGAGAAGCUGCUGACACAAUGAGGAAAAGGGCAGAAACAUAUCCUUGGAUGUUCUUGGUUUUUGCCCUUCCCCACAUUGUACGUGGUACAGAUUGGCCCUUGUGUAGCCAGUAUCUUGCUACAUUGUCAUAUUAGGCUUUUCUAGUGGUAGGAGUGGGUGUUACUGAAGGUUGAAAGAAAAUGACCAAUAGUAGUAUUUAGCUAAUUAUCUAUAAAUCAAGAGAACAUCACCUUUUGUGUAGUCAGUUUUGCUAUAACCAACUUGUUUUGAAAACACGAAUUUGUUGACCAAUGGAUUAGAGAAUGAGUUGAGCAUGUUGUUCGCACAUUCUCAAUUUCUUCCUGGAGGAUAAGAAUGAAGAAACCACAACUUUCUCCAAUAAUUCAUGAGCUGUAGCCUUUCAGACACUUCCUUAAGCAAGCCAGAUCUUUUUAAAAGGCAACUCUCGAUCUGAGCCUCUACCCUACAGAGAAAGAAAGAAGGAAGGAAUUAAGCAUUUAUCAAGUAUCUACUUGAUACUUGCAGACAUAAAUCUCUCCUCACAACAAUACUGGCAGAUAUAACACUUGAGGAGAUUUCAAAGAGAAGAAUUUCAAUUACAUCAAGUUGCUAUUCACUAAUUUUCGUUGCAGAUCCCUGCCUGUAGUUGAGCACAAAGACCUCCGAAGAGAGACUCCCACCUCCUUCUGGGAGAAGAAAGGAAUCAGCAGAGCAGAUUUAAAGGGACUCAUUUCUGGUGGCCCUUUGUAUACAAGUCUGCCUUCAAAGAGGGAGGGAGAAACACAGUAGCAUCUAAUGAACUCUUCACAGUGAUAUGAGGAACUGCUGACACUCAAAUUCCAAAGAUCCAUCCACUAUUCCUCGUGCUUAAUGUAUAUGUUUCUACAAAGUCCGUUGAGAAGAGCCCAGAAGAGAAUCCAAAACGGCUGCGGGGGAAAGACCACCCAACAUGCCUACAGAGACACUUCAGACAGGUAGCAUGGUGAAACCUGUCAGUCCAGCCGUUACGUUCACGUCGGCAGUCCCCCUCCGCAUCCUGAACAAAGGACCAGACUAUUUUCGCAGGCAAGCAGAGCCUAAUCCCAAAAGACUUAGUGCGGUGGAAAGACUAGAAGCUGAUAAGGCAAAAUAUGUAAAGAGCCAAGAGGUCAUCAAUGCCAAACAAGAACCUGUGAAGCCAGCUGUGCUCGCAAAGCCACCUGUCUGCCCUGCUGCAAAGCGAGCACUGGGCAGCCCGACGCUGAAAGUGUUUAACAACAAUGCAAAGACUGAGAGUGGUAUGCAGAGGGAGAACUUAAAACUUGAGAUACUAAAAAAUAUUAUUAAUAGUUCUGAAGGCUCCAGCUCAGGUUCAGGUCACAAACACAGUACCAGAAAUUGGCCACCCCACAGGUCGGAUUCGGCAGAACUAAACCGACACUCAUUUGCAGAAUCUCUAAAGGUUUACCCCACCCAAGGCCGGAGCAGUCCUCAAGAGAGCAACUCAAAUGUCAGCAGAAGGCUCCUAGAACACUCAGCAGAGUCCUUCCUGCACGUUUCCCAUAGCUCGUCAGACAUUCGCAAAGUGACUAGUGUGAAACCUUUAAAAGCAAUACCUUGCAGUAGUUCAGCACCACCGCUGCCCCCCAAACCUAAGGUUGCUGCCAUUGCCACAAUGAAAGCUCCCGAAAUUGACCCAAUAGAACCCUCCAGUUGUGGAGUCAGCCGGAGACCCUCCCUGCAACGGUCCAAAUCAGACUUAAGUGACAGAUACUUUCGUGUGGAUGCAGAUGUGGAGAGAUUCUUUAACUACUGUGGCUUGGAUCCUGAAGAACUUGAAAACCUUGGGAUGGAAAACUUUGCAAGGGCUAACUCCGAUAUAAUAUCCCUCAACUUUCGCAGUGCAAGCAUGAUCAGCUCAGACUGUGAACAGUCUCAGGACAGCAACAGCGACCUUAGAAAUGACGACAGUGCCAAUGACCGUGUGCCAUAUGGCAUUUCUGCAAUUGAGAGAAAUGCCCGAAUCAUCAAGUGGUUGUAUAGCAUCAAGCAAGCAAGAGAGUCACAGAAAGUAUCUCAUGUGUGAGAGAAGGGUAGAGACCAGCUCCCUCUAAUAAGAUGAGGAAGGACCAUAUCUUUGUCUGUGAAUCGUCAGUUGUGAAGGGUUGUGAAGUCUACUUGAAGUUUCGUAAACUUCUCCAAUCUCUUUGUGUUGCCUGUUGUGCAAUGUUUUCAAGUUGCAUGCCUGUCAACAUGUGAACUGACCUGGCUUCCACUUGAACAAUAACCGCAGAGCCUGGCUGAGCAUACGCAUUAUCUGCCAAAAGUUUAAGACCAGAAUCUAGUUAGGGCAUAACUUCAUUCUAAUCAGAACUGUUUACAUGAAAAUGGCAUAAUGACUUUUCAAUAUUUAUGUAGUUGUGUUUUUAUAGCCCGCCUUUAUGUGUCUUAAUUAAAAUUUGUCAACCUACAUUAUUGGCUUUUGAGUUGGGAAUGGAAUCUUUUCUUUAAGUAAUUCUUUAUUUAAAAUAAUGCCCAGUUAGCCUGCAAGUGAAAGAGUAAGAAUAGGGAGGAAAAGUGGAUUUCAUCUCAAAAAUGAUGCAUUGGCCUACACGAGGUUGAAGGGAUCCAAGUUUCUUGAGGAACAGAUUGGAAAAUAAGAUACUUAUCAAUUCCUGCCUGAAAUUUUCAUACCAUAUCCUGACGUGGCAGUCUGGAGGCACGAACCAUUCAGCAAUUCUUAUAGGAGAAAUUCAGCCAAGGCUUGAAUUUGAAUCAGUAGAGAGAGAUACCUCUAGGUCUACUUAGUCCUGGUCCCAAGGAAAAAUAAGCAUAUAUACAUCCACAAGUGAAUCAAGUUGGGUGGUGGUGAGUGGAAGGCUAUUUGGUAUGGGGAGGGGAGGACAAGGAGAGAGCAGUGUUUUGUUGAUCAUUCAAAGAUUCCCAGUCUUAAACUUUUGACAGGAAUGGCUGGACCCUAAAGCUGAUACUAAAUGCCUUCUUUUUCUCCCUUUAAAAAUUUAUCAAAUACAUCCUUCCAUCUUUUCUUUUUUACCUUUUUUUUUUUAGGGGAAGGGUGGGUUUACGGGGUUUGACCUAUUUGAAGAGUUCAAGGACAAAAAAUGGAAACACACAGCCAUAUUAGUAUAAAGCCUCCUAUUCAAAAGUAAAGACAUCCAAUAGCUGACCUGUAUCUGAAAAGGUGUGAUUCUGUAGUCUUGCAUAUGUUGUAUCUCGAGCUGUGAAUGUCCAUUACAGCUCUAGGAAACUGUAGAAACCAAACAGUAUGUAGAUUUUUUUUUUCUUUUCCCUUCUCUUUAUGGUCGUUAGUGCACCCCAUCAACCCGUUAUAUCCCUCCCCCCAUCCCCUUUCAAGACAAUCUAUGUCUUCCCAAUGGUUUAAUGAACUGUCAUUCAGCAGACAGUUGUGGUGUGGUAGCAAAAAAAAAGUUGAAAGUACAGUGGCCUGCUUCAUUAUUCUCAUAUUCAUGCUUUGAAGUACAUCGCAUCCCUACCUUAUAUACUUCAUCAGCUAAUAAGAAACUUUUUUAUGGUGUAAAUGCUGUAAGACUUUGUAAAUACUUCAGUUGUUAUGAAAUCUUAAAAAAAAAGUGUUAUGCUAAUAAAUUGCUCCUGGUGCAGCCA